AUGAACAGAUACAGCUGUCUCCAAGCCUUUAACACGAUUCCAACCGUCCGUCAACCUUUGACUUUCGGCGAUAGGUCAAAUGGGACUUUUAAUGUCCAACUCCCUCGUCGCUUCAGUAGUCCGGACGCUACCUGCGUUAUCGAUAUCUUUCAUAAAGACGGUGUCAUAUCGGACAUUGCUUCUUACCAACAGAUCUCAAGGGCGGCAGAGAGAUUGUACGGUGUUUGUGUCGUGGGAGGAGGCACGCGCACCCAAGGUGGCUGGAUAAGAGAUAUAGGGCGGCAAAAAAACCUGGUGAUAGUACUGAGUCUCUACGAACCCUCCGUCGCAUGUUUUGGUCAGCAAUUCGCUAUGAGAGAUCCUGCCCAGAUCUCGCAAAAGCUGUUGUCUAUAAUCCCUGUCAACACCGAACGCCAGAUAUUUGGUCCAGAAGGAGAAUCUGGGGUACAGGUGGAGGUGCCAGUCACAUACAACUGGCCUCCCGGCCCUUCGCGCUGGGCUAACCGCGUGAGCUUAAAAGUCGAUGUAGAACAUCGUAAUCGUGUCGAUGCUCGCUGGUUUGAUGUAUGGGCUGGUGCCGUGGCCGUGACUGCUAUGUGCACGCUUCGAGGGUAUGCCGGCAUCUCUAGCCUGCCAAGCGGGCUUAGAGUGACUUUGACGGCGGCGCCGGGUCCCAGGGUACAGAAUGAGACUGCUACCUCUUAA